GGUCGAUAAUGCCGAAGAAAAGCAGUUGCUGAUGAUGCCACCAUGGCGAGAGUGGUUGUGCGAGGUGUGACGACAGCAAUGGGCAUGCGAGAAAGACGAUAUACCCACGAUCUGGGAACGACUAGGACGGUCCGCACGCACAUUGGCGCACGGCAUGGCAUAGUGGUGACUGCGAUGAUGAAGGCCCACCUCCGCGAGGAUGAAACGCAGACGACAAUGCCGUCGGCGCUGAUGACGAUGAUGAUGAUGGUGAUGAUGAUGAUGAUGGUGAUGAUGAUGAUGAUGAUGAUGAUUAUGGCGAGAACGACGGUGAAGCUAACCGCCAUGAUCACGACAAUGAUGACGAGGAUAAUGACGCGGCAGUCGAUCCACGAUGACGUCGUUCACCGUGACGUGGCGACGAUACCGCUGCUGGCAGAGGCCGUGCUCUCGCCCUCCAUCAAUUGGCACGAGCAACUUGUGUUCUUCAAUUUGUAGUUCGUGCGAGUGCAGCUGUGGUCGCCGGUGUGAAUAUGGUCGGCAGGGCGGCCCGAAGCAUGCUAUUGUGAA